AUGUUGCGUUUGGUUGCUUUCCUAGUUGUCUUAUGUUCUGCGUUUGUGAGCGGAUAUUAUGUGACAGUUGAUGCGAAUGGAGAAGAGUGCUAUUUUGAUAGAUUGAAAGCUGGUGCGAAGUUCGUUCUGCACUUCGAAGUAUCCGAAGGUGGAUUUUAUGACAUCGACGUCACGGUAGUUUUUGCUCACAUGUUUAUUCCUGUUACAGAUCUCAGGCCCAGACAAAAAUGUUCUUUACUCAGUUAACAAAGAAUCAAGUGGUCGCUAUGCUAUGACUGCAUCAAAAGAUGGAAUUUACACAUACUGUUUCAGUAAUAAGAUGAGCACGAUGACUCCAAAGGUUGUGUUGUUCGCACUCGAAGUCGAGGACCAACAGCUGCAAAAAGAGGCUGGAGCAUCAGGUACUAAUCUUUCAUGUCACUUUUAUCAACAGAGGAACAAAACAAACUCGUGGACAUGGUAAAUGAGCUUGCCAGUUCUGUAAUGUCAGCGAAACAUGAAAUGGAAUACCUUGAAGUGCGCGAAACCCUUCACCGAGCAAGUAUGUUUGUACGUUUAGUCUAUUCAUUUGUCUAGUCAACGAAAAUACUAACUCACGCGUCGUCCUUUGGGCUGCUUUCGAGGCUCUCAUCAUAGUCGGGAUGAGCCUAGGUCAAGUGUACUACUUGAAGCGCUUCUUCGAAGUUAGAAGGAUGGUUUGA